GCCCCUUCCGGCUACGAGGCAGAGUCAAAACUACCGGAAGCGGAAGUGCGCGCUGUUGGUUCUGUGCCUACGGGUGAGAAGUAGGAGGCGUCAUCACUCAGCUGCCAUCUGGGAACGGGGGGGUUGGUGGCCGUGGCGGAGGCCUUGCUAUGCCUCGGUACUGUGCAGCUACCUGUUGCAAGAACCGAGCGGGACAGAACGCCCGAGACCAGCGCAAGCUCAGCUUCUACCCCAGAUUUCCUCUUCAUGAUAAAGAAAGAUUAGAGAAAUGGUUACGGAAUAUGAAACGUGACACUUGGACUCCCAGCAAGCACCAGGUUCUCUGUAGUGACCAUUUUACACCAGAUUCUCUUGAUGUGCGAUGGGGCAUUCGAUAUUUGAAAACAACAGCAGUGCCAACUAUUUUUUCAUCAACUGCUAAUCAGGAAAAAGGAUUUUCCCAGAAGAAAAAAGAGAAAAUAGAUGAUGUCAAACAAAAGGACACAAGUGAGGCAACGACAUCUCUUAAACUUUGUUCACCAAAGAAAAAUAUAAUAAUUGAAGAAAGCCUAUAUAGAAAAGCAAUUUGUACAACUUUAAGCAAGUCUUCAGAAAAUAAAGGACUGCUUGAGAAUACAGUAAAAGCUGAAGAUGACAUUGCAUAUCCAAAUAACUAUGUUAGACAAAAUAUGGAGCAAAUGAGCCCUGUCUUAGUACCAGCUGAUGUACAGAAUUCAGCAGUGAGCAAUACUAACUCCCCAGAAAAUUUUAGUUUUAAUAACUCUGUAGAUAACCUUUUCAGUAGCGCAACCACAAUUUUGCAAACUUCAGUUCAUGAUCUUCAUUCGUGUCUUGAGCGCCUCUCAGAUACUAAAGCCACAGUUUUGCAGACUACACAUCUGGAACACUUAGAUUCAUCUCUGGAAUUUAACAAUAUCACUGUACCAAUUAAUGACCUUCCAUCUGAUCAACUGGAUCCUCGCACUGCAGGCUGUUCAGUGGAAGUACAAGAAACUGAUGAAAAUUCAAUGUUGCUCCACACUGUGUCACAAGCUUUAGAACAGUUCAAUGGUAAUAAAGAGUCUGUUAUCACCAUUAUAGUUCCUUCUGAGAGUUCAAGAGGUCCCAUGUUGUUGGAGGGUUCAUUCAUAUCAGCAGAACAGGAAUUAGUUAACAUAGAAACUGAAAAGUCUGUGUGUAUUACCAGUUACAGUGGCAUCGAAGUGCUACAGACUGAGCAUUUAUACUGUAGACGAGACUCUGAUAGGGAACAACUCUGGCAAAAAAUUACGAAGCUGCACUCCAAAAUAGCACUUUUAGAAGUACAGGAGAGAAAAACCUUAACCAGGCUCAAAUCCUUAGAAGCACUUAUUGCAAAACUGAAGCAGGAAAAUCUGCUCUCUGAAGAAAAACUCAAGAUUGUAGAAAACUGUUUUACAACAUUUGAAGUUACUAUGAUACAAUAAAAUUUUUACACUGA